AUGACGAGAAGGAAGAUAGCAAUAAAGAAGAUCGAGAACGUAGCUGCGAGGCAGGUGGCUUUCUCAAAGAGAAGGAAAGGUCUAUUCAAGAAGGCUAUGGAGCUGUCAACUCUCUGUGAUGCUGAGAUUGCUCUCGUAGUAUUUUCAGCUUCGGGCAAACUCUUUGAUUAUGCUAGUACAAGUACUGAUCUGGGAAUUGUAUCGAACUGGGAAAUGAAAUUAUGUGUUGAUAGGCCCGAUGGCUUGUGGAUGAACAAGAUCAACCAUCAGACGCGCCUCCCACAACAAGGUUACUGUUUCCCUGAAUGA